ACUUAAAUGUGUCAAUCUGUUUUCCUUCUUAUCGUCUCCACACCAAAUUACAAUCAUCACAUUCAUCCCGUUCUCCAUUUUUAGACGAUACGUUUGUAUAUUUGAAAACUUUUUUUUGCAAGACUGACACUGCAGACAUUGCAAUCACACAUAAGUCAUUCAACUACAGCUUCCGUUUGGUAUGAGGCUUGUAUCGAUUUUUGCUUGCAUUAUUAUUAGCAAUUUUGUGUAGAUUUAUACACAUUUUAAGAACUUUGACAACUUCCAAGACUAUCAACUGUAUUUACCAUCAGCAUCAUCCAGCCGGCUUCUUAUAUCAGGAUCAUUCCCUUAAUAAUUAAUAAUCCCUGAAAAUGGUGUGCUAUGCAAUCGGGACAGCCGCUCAUGGACUGUCGAAGGAACGGAAGGCAACGUUGGUUCUUGAGGAUGGGACUGAAUUUCGAGGAUUUGUUUUUGGGGCAACGGUCUCCGUACCUGGCGAAGUUGUAUUCCAAACUGGGAUGGUUGGAUAUCCAGAAUCCUUGACAGAUCCCUCCUAUUGCCAACAAAUUUUGGUUCUCACGUAUCCCAUGAUUGGCAACUAUGGCGUUCCGGGGUCGGACGUUGAUGAGCAUGGUAUUCCAAGGAAUUUUGAGUCCCGGAAAAUCUGGGCAGCCGGCCUCGUCGUGGGAGAAGUUUGUUUAGAGCCAAGUCAUUGGGAUGCGGUCAAGACGUUGUCCACUUGGAUGGAAGAGCAAAAAUGUCCAGGCAUCUACGGCAUUGAUACUCGUCAACUCACAAAACAUAUUCGCAACAAAGGCACGCUGUUGGGGAAAAUCUUGGUCCAUGACAUCGAAACAGGGAGUGAGGAUGAUGGGCCGGCGACGUGCAGCAAUUUCAUCAGCGGCAGUGACCUGCCUUUCAAGGAUCCAAAUCUCAUCAAUCUCGUGGACGAAGUCUCAACCAAAAAACCCGUCGUCUACAACCCGAAAGGAUCUCCUAAAAUAUGCGUCGUUGAUUGUGGAAUGAAAUUUAACCAGUUGAGGUGCUUGUUAAAACGUGGAGCAAGUGUGAAAGUGGUUCCGUGGAAUUAUGAUUUUGUGAAAGACCAAGAUUAUGACGGGCUGUUCAUUAGCAAUGGUCCUGGAGAUCCUCAAAUGUGCAAAGAUACCGUUGAUGCACUCCGGCAGUUACUUGCCAAACCGAAUCCCAAGCCAAUCUUUGGAAUUUGUUUGGGGCACCAACUGCUGUCAAUCGCAGCUGGAUGUAACACUUAUAAAAUGAAAUAUGGAAAUCGAGGGCACAACCAGCCUUGUAUUCACGAGGAAACGAAUCGGUGUUACAUCACAUCGCAAAAUCAUGGCUUUGCCGUAGACGCGAAAUGCUUGCCAGAAAACUGGCUCCCCUUGUUCACCAAUGCCAACGAUGACACCAACGAAGGAAUUGUGCAUUCGAAUGCACCUUUUUUUAGCGUCCAAUUCCAUCCAGAACAUACGGCUGGACCACAAGACACGGAAUUUUUGUUUGACAUCUUCUUAGACAGCGUCAAGACCAGCAAUGCCCGCAAACCGCAGACACCAAUCAAUGACAUCAUUACUUCGUACAUUAAGGAGAGGUCACCGAGUGCAGAGAAGAUUGCGACCAUGAGAAUCCUACCAAGGAAAGUGCUCAUCCUUGGUUCUGGGGGAUUAUCCAUCGGACAAGCGGGCGAAUUUGAUUACAGUGGGAGUCAAGCAAUAAAGGCUAUGCAGGAGGAAAACAUUCAGACUGUUUUGAUCAAUCCGAACAUUGCGACCGUACAAACGUCGAAAGGUUUGGCUGAUAAGGUUUACUUUCUCCCCAUUACACCCGAGUAUGUUGAACAAGUGAUCAAAUCGGAGAGGCCGGACGGCAUUCUUUUGACUUUUGGAGGACAAACUGCACUUAACUGUGGAGUAGAGUUGGACAAACGUGGCGUCUUUGAGACCUACAAUAUUCGAGUGUUGGGAACUUCGAUAAAUUCCAUAAUUAUUUCUGAAGAUCGCAAAUUAUUUGCAGAGAAAAUUGCAGAGAUUGGAGAACAAGUCGCUCCCAGUUUCAUUGCAUGCACUUUGGACGAGGCCUUGGAAGCUGCGGAUAAAUUAGGUUACCCUGUCCUUUCACGUGCUGCUUAUUGCUUGGGAGGACUUGGAUCAGGAUUUGCUCAUAAUGAUGAAGAACUGCGAGCCCUGGCCACUCAAGCCUUGGCCAGCUCAAAUCAGCUAAUUAUCGAUAAGUCUUUGAAAGGAUGGAAAGAGGUCGAGUACGAAGUUGUUCGAGACGCUUAUGAUAACUGCAUAGCCGUAACAAAUAUGGAAAAUUUGGAUCCACUGGGCAUACACACCGGGGAAUCAAUCGUAGUUGCACCCAGCCAGACUUUGAGCAACAAUGAUUACUACAUGCUUCGAGCCACAGCUCUCAAAGUUAUUCGACACUUGGACAUUGUUGGCGAAUGCAACAUUCAAUAUGCGCUGUGUCCCAACUCCAAUCAGUAUUAUAUCAUUGAGGUCAAUGCAAGAUUGUCAAGAAGUUCUGCGCUGGCCAGCAAAGCCACGGGUUACCCACUAGCCUAUGUGGCAGCCAAAUUAGCCCUUGGAAAAUCUCUCGUGACGUUGAGAAACACGGUCACGGGAUGUACAACGGCUUGUUUUGAGCCAAGUCUGGACUACUGCGUAGUGAAGGUACCUCACUGGGACUUCAGAAAGUUUUCAGGAGUUAGCACAAAGAUCGGCAGCUCCAUGAAAAGCGUCGGAGAAGUGAUGGCAAUCGGACGAAAAUUUGAGGAAGCCAUGCAGAAAGCGCUAAGAAUGACGGACGAACAUAUUCUUGGCUUCGAUCCUAACUCAAUGCCCGUUGUGGAUGAGGAGUUGAAGUAUCCAACUGACACGCGAAUGUUUGUGCUCGCUGCAGCUCUCAAAGCAGGCUAUGAAAUUGACAGAUUGUACGAACUGACGAAAAUCGACAAAUGGUUUUUGCACAAGAUGAGGAACAUGAUAAACUACCAAGUGCGCAUGGAGUGUCUUGGCCCAAAACAACUGACGAAAGAAUUAGUAAUGGAAGGAAAGCAGCUAGGAUUUUCCGAUAAGCAGAUUGCAAUUUGUGUAAAAAGCACUGAAUUGGCUGUGAGAAACAGUCGCGAGGAGUUUGGUGUCCUCCCGUUUGUGAAGCAGAUUGACACAGUUGCAGCAGAAUGGCCCUGCGCUACAAACUAUCUGUACUUGACCUACAGUGCGAGUGAACAUGAUAUUGAUUCUCCCGGAAAUUAUGUAAUGGUCAUUGGAUCCGGAGUGUACAGGAUUGGCAGUUCUGUCGAGUUUGAUUGGUGUGCAGUUGGAUGCAUCCGAGAGCUUAGAAGGCUCGGAAAGAAAACCAUCAUGGUUAAUUACAACCCCGAAACUGUCAGCACUGACUAUGAUAUGUGCGAUCGUCUGUAUUUCGACGAAAUUUCCUUUGAGGUCGUGAUGAACAUUUACAAUUUUGAGAAUCCUGAAGGUGUGAUACUUUCCAUGGGGGGCCAGCUUCCGAACAACAUUGCAAUGGAUUUGCAUCGUCAAAGAGCUAAUAUUUUGGGAACGUCGCCCGAAAUGAUUGAUAAUGCUGAGAAUCGCUUUAAAUUUUCUCGAAUGUUGGAUCGUAUGGGAAUUUUGCAGCCAAGAUGGAAGGAGUUGACCAGCUAUGAAUCUGCGGAAGAGUUUUGUCAACAUGUCGGAUAUCCCUGCUUGGUCCGACCUUCGUACGUCCUGAGUGGGGCAGCCAUGCUGGUUGCUCAUAGUUCUCAGGAUCUCAAGAAGUACUUGAGCAAUUGUGCCGCACUCAACAAGGAUAAACCUGUAGUGAUCUCCAAGUAUAUUAUGGAGGCCAAGGAAAUCGACAUAGACGCCGUCGCAAGGGAAGGGGAAAUCAUGUGCAUGGCCGUGUCAGAACACGUGGAAAAUGCAGGCGUGCACAGUGGCGACGCAACGUUGGUUACUCCUCCUCAGGACUUGAAUACAGAAACGGUCUCCAAGAUCAAGUCCAUCGUUCAUUCGAUUGCAAGGUCCCUCGAAGUCACGGGCCCAUUGAACAUCCAACUAAUUGCCAAAGACAACGAACUGAAAGUAAUUGAAUGCAACCUCAGAGUCUCGAGGUCCUUCCCUUUUGUUUCCAAAACUUUGGAUUACGACUUUGUGGCGAUCGCGACCAAAGUUAUAAUUGGGGAAAAGGCGGACGCAGUGGAUAUCAUGGCAGGUUGUGGGCGAGUGGGAGUCAAAGUGGCACAAUUUUCCUUCUCCCGAUUGGCAGGGGCGGAUGUGAUGCUGGGUGUUGAGAUGGCGUCGACGGGAGAGGUGGCAUGUUUUGGGGAAAAUCGGUAUGAAGCGUACUUAAAAUCGAUGAUCAGCACUGGGUUUAUUAUACCACAAAGAUCAAUCCUCCUCUCCAUUGGAACUUACAAGCACAAGGCAGAGUUUCUGGAAAGUGUUCGGACUCUGCAUAAAAUUGGGUACAAGCUCUAUGGAAGCAUGGGCACCGCGGACUACUACAUGGAACACGGGAUUAAGGUUGAACCGAUGGAGUGGACCUUUGAAAAUAUCGGAGAAGCAGGCGACCAAGGUGAUCUGAUACUGCUUUCAGAUUACUUGGCCAGGAGACAACUGGACUUGGUUAUCAACCUCCCCAUGCGUUCUGGAGGGGCUCGAAGAGUCUCAUCCUUCUCGACGCAUGGCUAUCGAACACGAAGGUCUGCAGUGGACUUUGCUGUCCCGCUAGUGACGGAUGUGAAAUGUGCAAAAUUGCUUGUUGAAGCUCUUCGCAGAUUAGGCCGCACUUCUCCAAAAAUGAAGACGCACACGGAUUGUAUGGCAUCCAGAGUAACGCUCCGAUUUCCAGGGUUAAUUGACGUCCACGUGCAUCUGCGUGAGCCAGGACAAACGCACAAGGAAGAUUUUUGCUCAGGGACUGCUGCAGCACUUGCCGGCGGAUUCACAAUGGUAUGUGCAAUGCCAAACACUCAACCAGCAGUGAUCGACAGGUCUACGCUAGCCAUUGCCAAAGAUCUCGCCAAGAAGAAUGCCAGAUGUGAUUAUGCUUUGUACGCUGGUGGGACCGAAAAAAAUUUCGACGAUGUUCCCGAGCUAGCAAACCAAGUUGCCGGCCUCAAAUUAUAUCUCAACGACACUUUCACCACCCUGAAAAUGGAGGAUACUUCAAAAUGGUCAAAACACUUUAUCAAUUGGCCCUCGAACGUGCCCCUCUGCGUCCACGCUGAGAGUAGCAAAUGUGCGGCCGCAAUUCUCAUGGCUGGAAUUCAUAAUCGUCCAGUUCAUAUCUGCCAUGUUUCAUUGAGAGAAGAGAUCGAGCUUAUCAGAGCCGCAAAAUUGAAGGGCUAUCCCAUCACCUGCGAGGUCACACCGCACCAUUUGUUUUUCUCAAAGAAGGAUUUGCAAUGGUUGGGGAAUAGGAAAGGUCAAGUUCGUCCUAUUCUUGCUGCAGAUGACGACCAAAAGGCUUUAUGGGAAAAUCUCCCAAUCAUUGACGUCAUCGCAUCGGAUCACGCUCCACAUACCACGGAGGAAAAGACAUGUGACGAGCCCUGUCCUGGAUUCCCUGGUUUGGAGACAACUCUUCCAUUGAUGUUGAAUGCUGUAAACGAGGGGAAAAUCUCCUUGGAGGACGUCAUGAAUAAGUUGUAUCAUAACCCCAAGAAAAUUUUCAAUCUUCCUGAACAGCCCAACACCUAUGUCGAGAUUGACAUGGAGAAAGAGUGGGUCAUUGACGAAAAGAAGAUGCAAACAAAAUGCAAAUGGAGUCCAUUUAAUGGGAGAAAAGUCAAAGGAGCCAUUUCAAGAGUUGUACUCCGAGGGGAAGUGGCUUAUGUUGAUGGUCAAGUUCUGGUUCCUCCUGGCUUCGGCAUCGACCUCAAGGACUCCAAAGUUCCACUGGCUAAUGGCACCAAAGACAUCUUUGCAUUUCCUUCUGUGGAUGGAAGAACGACUCCAGUAAAAUCAUUUGCAAAGGAGCUCUCCGUUUCGUGUGGAAGUAUUGAAGAUGGGCUUAACACUUAUGAAUAUCCACCUGAUUUGCUGAUGAGUCCAACUGGCUUAGGAAGACCGAGCUCAAGAACUUACUUGUCGGAAGUUUUGUCCAGGAGAUCUGCAUCGCCAGUCCCCCAUCACGUGCCAUGUGGCAGCUUCGAGAAUACUUUUGUAGGUCCGCUGGGUUCUCCAAGUCAUCCAGCAAUCCAACCAAUUCACAAUCAAGAGAAGCAAGUUCUUACGACCCAUGCGUCCACCUUGGUGUCCUUGCCCUUCACUUCUCCUGCCGUCACGCAGUCAACGACCGAAGUGCUGAAAAAGUUGGUCGGACGACACGUUUUGAAUGCUGGAAUGUUCAACAAAAAUGAACUUCACGCCCUUUUCAAUUUGGCUCAAUUUUUCCGAAAUUCCGUUCACAAAGACAGAGCAAUCGAUAACAUUUUAAAAGGCAAAGUUAUGGCGUCGAUUUUCUACGAAGUAAGUACCAGAACUAGUUGCAGCUUUUCUGCAGCAUUUCAACGACUUGGAGGAACAGUGAUAAACGUGGACGAGUCAAGUUCGUCAGUCAAGAAGGGGGAGACGCUGGAAGACACUAUCAGAGUAAUGAGCGGAUACAGCGAUGUUGUUGUCCUGCGACAUCCAGAACCAGGAGCCGUUUCUCGUGCUGCGUCAAAGUCUCAAAAACCUGUCAUCAAUGCUGGCGACGGUACUGGGGAGCAUCCAACCCAGGCCUUGUUGGACGUUUUCACCAUACGAGAAGAGAUCGGAACAGUCAAUGGCCUUAUUAUUACAAUGGUUGGAGAUCUCAAGCACGGACGGACAGUACAUUCCCUCGCAAGGCUCCUCACCCUCUACAAGGUUAAUUUGCGAUACGUGUGUCCACCUGGAUUGGAAAUGCCACAUAGUGUUUACGAUUUUGUAAAAUCCAAAGGAAUUUCUCAGGAAUACGUACCCUUAGAAGAUGCCCUUAGAGACACUGAUGUCCUCUAUGUCACACGAAUUCAAAAGGAAAGGUUUUCAACACCGGAAGAAUAUGACAGAGCGAAUGGUCAAUUUGUGAUUACGCCACAAAUCAUGACCUCAGCCAAAAAGCGAAUGAUUGUUAUGCAUCCACUUCCACGGGUGGAUGAAAUAAGCUCUGAAUUCGAUUCAGAUCCUAGAGCAGCGUACUUUCGACAGGCCGAGGCUGGAAUGUACGUGCGAAUGGCACUGCUUGCAAUUGUAAUGGAUAGAUACACUUUUAAGUCUUCUUAAAUCGUUUUUUUUACAUUUUAUUUGAAAUUUUAUUUGAAACACAAAAAAUCACAAUUUUUACAAAAUAUUUAAUUUAAGAGUUGAGGUCUUUGGAUUCAUUUAUUUUAAUUUAACGUAUACAACAUUGUCCACAAUUUCAUUCCGUCACACUGGACUUCCUUUUAUAUUUUGAUUUGUACUUUUUGACUGAUAAUUUUUGCCAAUAAAUGUCUGGUUGUUGUAUUUUAUGAAA